ACAACACUCUUGCGCCGACGCGCCGCUUUAUAUUCAUUCACUUUGUAACUUUGUUUAUACUCGUCCAGUGUUUUAAACCAGUGAAUCAGACAAAUAUAUCUGCUACCGGAUCGUUUAAGCUAGGAUUUUGAUGACAAUUAGGUGCUUUGCUUUUGAGACACAAUCUUCAUAAGUUGGUCAAAAUUUAUAUUACCAGUACGGGGUUUUUCGGCGGUUUCUAUUCGGAUAACGGGUGAUAUUAUCAAACAAUUUUAUUGUGGUUAUAACCAAGAUGCGUGGUGGUCAAACUGAGGAUAGCUGAUCGCGGUGGACGGAGAAGGAGGGAGUCAGCGAGGAAGUUCGACGAGCGGCUCGACGGGCAGGUUCGACGAGCAGUUCGGCGAGCAGUUGGAGCAACAGGAGUGGAACGUGCUACAUAGUUAUCAGUCCACCGCCACGCAUUCAUGUAGUGUUUGUAAAAAAUAGAUGCGAUCCCGUUGUCGUUGAAGUGAUGCCGGCCGAGGAGGACCCCGCGGCGAUGGAGUGUCGGGAGCCGGUCGACUCACCGCAGCAGUUCUGCUUGCGGUGGAACAACUACCAGAGCAACUUGACCAGCAGCUUUGACCAACUUUUGCAAACUCAAUCUUUCGUGGAUGUGACUCUAUCUUGCGAUGGACAAAGUUUGAAAGCACACAAAGUGGUUCUGUCGGCAUGCAGCCCUUACUUUCAGUCAUUGUUUAUGGACAAUCCCUGCCAGCAUCCGAUCAUAAUAAUGCGUGAUACAAAAUAUUGCGACCUGAAAGCUGCUGUGGAUUUUAUGUACCGGGGCGAGAUCAACGUGUCCCAGGAGCAGAUCCCGGCGCUGCUGAAAGUGGCGGAGUCCCUUAAGAUCCGCGGCCUGACGGACGUGAGCGGCGACCACGCCGUGGUGCAGCCGGGCACGCGCAGCGCCAAGCGGCCGGACCGGAGCCGGGAGGCGGACUCGCCGCCCAAGUCGCGGCGCCGCAUGUCCGAGGACCGCGCCAGCGGGGGCUCGAGCCGGGCGCCGCCGCCGACGCCCAGCCCCACGCCCGCCGCCGACCUGCUGCCGCCGGCCGAGCCCACCAGCGCCGCGCCCGUGCUGCCGCCGCUGCACCCCGACGACGUGGACAUUCGCCCCGGCAUCGCCGAGAUGAUCCGCGAGGAGGAGCGGGCCAAGAUGAUUGAAAACUCUCAGGCCUGGCUUGGAGCAUCCACAUCGGCAGCCAUUGCUGAUAGCUACCAAUACCAACUCCAGUCGAUGUGGCAAAAGUGCUGGAACACGCAGACGCUGGUGCACAACCUGAGAUUCCGAGAGCGCGGCCCGCUCAAGUCCUGGAGACCGGAGACAAUGGCCGAGGCCAUCUUCUCCGUGCUGAAGGAAGGACUGUCCUUGUCUCAGGCAGCUCGAAAAUACGAUAUACCCUACCCGACGUUCGUGUUGUACGCGAACCGAGUGCACAACAUGCUCGGCCCCAGCGCUGACGGCGGUGCAGAUUUAAGACCAAAAGGGAGGGGGCGGCCGCAAAGGAUCUUACUGGGCGUUUGGCCUGACGAGCACAUUCGCGGCGUUAUUCGCGCAGUAGUGUUCAGAGACACCCACGCGCCCUGCGCCACUCAGGCCACAAACCUUAAAGAGAUCGAACUGCCGGGCUACCCUGCCAUCGCACCGGACGGAGUUGCCGUUCAAAACGCUUACAUCGGGUGUGGCAACGGGCGCGAGGGCCGCAUGUCACCCAACGCCGCCGCCGCCGCCGCUGUGGCCGCCGUGGCGCACGGCCUGCGCCGACAGAUGUGCAACAUGGUGGCGGGCCAGCGGCCCCCGGACCACCCGCCGCACCUGGGCCCGCCCAUGCAGAGCUCGCCGCAGCUCACCUCGCCGCUCUCCACCGGCCUGGAGUCCCCGCUGUGCUCGCCCCCGCCGCCCGGCCACGCGCUCGAGCCCGCCAAGCACACCGACCCGUUCCGCCCCUUCGCCUCGCCGACUGAUAGCCGCUACAGCGACCGCGACACUUCUUCCGACAUAACUCUGAUGGGUCCGCCGAAGAACGGCCAGGGCCACGUGAGGAAGGGCUCCGGCCAGGGGUCGUCGCCCUCCGAGCUGGACGCGGCGGACGGGCGCGCGGACAUCUGAAGCGAGGCCGCGGGCAUGGCGCCGAUGCUGCCGCCCAUGGGUCUGCCGCCGCCGCCGAUACCGAUGCCCGCUUAUAAGUAUUUCGUGCCGAACGGAAACAGCUCCACCUAUUAUUAAAUCCUUACGACGCGAGGUUCCUGACAUCUACAGAGCACAGUUAAUUCAGACACGCACAACAGUGUCUGGAGUAGCUGAAGUUAUCCCUGAGCUCUGUGAACCUCGCCUGAUGCAUGUGUCUCUCUUUCAAAUUAGCCGAUAUAAUCGAAGAUAUUAUGUUUAUCACCGCAGUACAGUCAGCAUCAAUAACAAUGGUAAGUUCGGAUUUAUUGCAUUUACACAAAAAGCUUGAAAGCACGUGUUAUGGUGCUGACUGUGGAUUUGAGUUCAAUUAUUAAACUGUUUGAGAAGGAAAGUUUCCGAAGCAGCGUUAAUACGGUUCGAAAAAGACUUUUUUCUUCUUUGCAAAAGUAAACGAGUACCUAAUGCUGUAACGUAUUUUUAUUGAGAAGUAUAUUAUGUUUUAUGCGGGACAGUUGAAACUGCGGUGAAUAUUAGCAUACAAAAUAUUGACGGUAUUAAAUGUGUGCGACACGGCGGUGUCGUUUAGUUUUUAUACCGUCAGGCGUAUUGAUGCGACCAGCCGCAAGAUGCCAAAAUCUUGCGAUUCCAAAGGAUGUAGUAUGGGAUUGCUAUCAAAGAUAAGUUUGUGACGUGUGUGUCGGUAUGAGAAGACAUUGAGGUUCGUUGCGCCCGUUGCACAUUCCAAGGUGUUGUGGAGCUGUUACCACUGAGAGCUUAGAGACGAUCACGUGACGGGCUCAACACGGGUCAACUUGUUUUAAUCAAUAUUUCAAAUCGGCAUUAAUUUACGAUCAUAUUUAAUAAAUUAUUGUGGACUCGCUGUGCAAUACAAUGCUUUGUUAUUAGUUGACUUUUGUAACAUUAUGGAUUUAUUAUAAUUUGUAUCAUUAUGUAUUGUGUUCCAUUGAUAUAAUUUUAAGUUUUUCUCUGAUAUUCUUGGAUGGGGUCGGGUGCUUGGCCACUCAGUGUGCCAGCAUGUACCGCUCCCCGACACUAUUAUUAUCUAAUCUUAUGUAGAACUUCGAAAUACGUGUAAGCUUAACUAAUACAUUACAAUCUAGAUCCAUCUGUGAACGUAGGGUUUAUCAAAAUUUAAAAAAAAGUAUAUUAUAUAUACAUAUAUAUGUAUACAUAUAUAUUCGGCCCGAUUCAAAAGACUGUUCGGUAUACCUAUUCAUUAUAACUCAGCAAACAUAUUUAAGAAAUGAAAAAAAAAAUGGAUUAGUGUUAGAUGUAAUCUUUUAAAGUAUAGAUAUCCUAUAGUUUCAUGUCAGGUUGAUGUCAAUUUUUCUAGUAGCCGUUAUAUUGUGUGUUGUCGCUUGCGGGAUUCCGCACCCAAGCUCAUGUUCACUGUUCGUGCAGCGAUUCACAUACAUGUAGAAUUAGUGACCGCCAAAUGUAAUUUAGAUGUAUCGAUAGUCAGUAGUGAUUGUUCCAAAUGUUAGGCUAAAUUAGGCGUUCGCGACGGUGCCCACUUCUAAUUGUUAACUCUUUUUUUCUAGACAUGAACACCAAAAUCAGAGCUGUCAAUAUUAAACACCCCAGAGUUUGACUUCUGGUUAAAUAUUUAUGGCUCUGAGUGUACCUUUCGUUAGUGUGGCAACAUUUGUUAUAGACUGUGGAUUUCAAAAUGUACUAAAAAUCUACAAACAUUUUGAAAAUUUCGAUACCUAUUAUUGACGAAAUUGAUGAAGUCACAAUUUUCCGAUUUUCCAUCCAUGACAGCUUUCAAAAAACGACUCGUCAGCUUAACUCACAAUAUGUUACAAAAUAUGUUGCCACAUGAUAACAGUAGUCUCUUUUCAUUUUAUUAGAAGUAAUAAAUAAAAGUAAUAGAAGAUUUAGUUACAUUAUUGAGAUUGUUUAUAAAGCUUAUCGAUACAAAUAGUAUUACUUACUUAAGAUGAUAAUAUUAUUUUAUUUAAGUGGAGCUUACGGAUACAGAUGGUUUUACUUUAUGUAAGUUUGCGGUAGCGCAAGUUUCACACCUCUACUAUUUUAGUAUAAGUUCGACUUCGAAAACUGGGAAGUACCAAUUUGACUGAGUAACGGUGAAGGAAAACAUCGUGAGGAAACCUGGACUUUAACAGUCUGAAAUCACCAAUGCACAGUGAUGUAGCUUGGUGGUACAGUUCGUUCCUAUCUAUUUAAGACAGACUUUCUUAUGGAAUCAAAUAAUCUAUAGAAUAUUUUUUCUUCUCGCUGCACUUAUUUAUGAAGACAUCUGUUUCGAUAUUAUCCUGUAUAAACUCACUUUUCCGAAGCUUCAUGUAUCUUUUGUUGAUAUGCGUUAACUGACAGAAGCGUGGCCCGCCGCAUUAGUUUUAGAUGCACUGAAAUCGCCAAGUACUGAAUGUUCAUCAUUCAUUUGUCUGCUAUACUAUCUACGCAUAGUUAGUGUUAUACAUUUCAAUUUACUUAGAUUAGCUAUGUAACUACUCGUAGCGAUCUGAUUCAGUGUUAUUCGACGCUACAGAACUCUCGACAUCGCGGUGCCACUGCGCCGUGGAAUCGGGCGUUUCACCGUCGCUAGGACUUUAAGGUGUAUAUGUACAAAUUUGUUUUACCAACAACUACUUCCCUGGACGCAUAGUUUCGUUUCAUAGUUUGGAUAAAAAAAAACUAGUGUGACCUUCUUGCCGCAGGGGUAUCCACGAUUUAGAUAUUGUUGGCGGAAAUUGUUGGCGUUCACGUUUUCACUUGUCGCGUUGUGGGAAGGCUGGGCGGCGAGAGACGCACGCGCCGGGCGCGGCCCGCGCGUCUUCCGCGCGGCUCGGCGAGGACUCGUCGCAGAACAUGGUGACCAUGUUGUAUAUUUAGUCUCCAAGUGGCCUUGAUACUUCAUUAUUAUUUUGGUAUUUGGAAUAUCCGGUUCGGUUAAAGUUUGGAACUAGAGUAUAAAAAAAGACCAAAUUAUUAAAAUUGAGUGAAAAAUUAUUACAUCUGCAAUUCAGAUUAAUGUUGAAACUAUUUGGCUGUCCUUUUGGAAAUAAAUUUAAUCUAGGAAAAAAAUUAAAAAUUAUAUACUGGGCCUAUAACGUUUCGGACGAAUUGCGUAGAUUUUGGUAAAUUUUACUACGCAUAUUUUCUAUUGUGUAAGUCUAGGCUAAUGUGUUCAAAAAAAUAAAUUUAAAUUUAAAUUUUUUGAAAGUAGAAAGUGCCUUCCAAAUUUUUGACCACAGUAAGUGUUGGGGGGGGGAUGCGGCGAUGAGGGGCUGGAGGCGGCGGGCGGCGGCUGCGGGCGACGCGUGCGCACGCCGUGACGUCACCACGAGCGCGCUCUGUCGCCGCCGCCCGCCUCUAGAACGUGCUUAACUAUAAAAAAGUUAGAAUAAAUAAAAAUUCAAAAUUAUUAUAUAAAAGAUAAAUACAUAUGACUAUUAUAUAGAAAAAAAUAUACAUAAAAUUAUAUAUUUGGCCGAUGUGGUAAUACCCUGACAGGCAAGCGUUAGCGGACUAUUCGGUGUCAAAAUUAUUGCUAUUUCUUUAUAAACGAUGACGAAAAUCCAUUGAGUAAACAAUGCAGACUUGCAAGUGCCAUUUGUUUUGAACUGAAUCACUUAUGGUUCAUAUUAUUUUGUAUCACAAUGUGGAUUUUGUAGUUAUAAUUAAUCAUUAAUUUAUUAUAUUGGAAAAAGUAUACAUUUCGGAUUACAUAAAUAAGUACCUAUGUGUUAUUUUCGUGAUAGAUAAGUAAAAAACACUUGUAGUAAUAUAAUAUACACCUACAGAGGCGGUUUUGGUUGGUUUGUAAUUUAUAUGAAUAGAUGUUAAUUUAUGAUUUUUAUAUUAAUCGUUACUGGCGACCAUUACAAUGUGUUAUGCUGCAUGACAAACUUUAACUUUUUGUGAUAUAUAUUAUUUUAAAGGACGAUAUAGUAUACCGAUAUAAUUGCUCUUUUGGAUUAAUUAUUCUGAGUAUUUAUUUCAUUUAGCGCAACAGCCGCCGUUGGGCUCAAAUUAUUGACGUUACUCUUGUAGCAUGUUUGUCCAUUAUAACCAAAAAUAUUUUAGAUACUGUAACAAUUCCAGUGUUGAAUGUGCGACUGUUUAGUUAUUAAGAAACGUUGUCGUUUAGGUAUCUAAAUGUAUCGGAACCUAAGUUUAUCUUGCUUUCAUAUCAGAAAAUACAGUGCUUUGAAUUUGAACAGCAGUAAGCCCAAUUGGAUUUGUCACUCCAAUAUUAAAUAUGGAUUAAAUAUUAAUUUAAUCGUCAGCGUCAUGAAUUUUAUACAUUUUCUCUAGUAUAAAGGUACAGUUAUAUUUUUAAGUAGUUGCUGAUUUAUUUGUUUUUUUAUUUAUUGAACAAAUAACACUCGAUGUAAAUUGAUGAUUGCUUUUUAUUGGGAUGACAAACCCGAUCAAACAAUAUAAACAAAUAUAAUUUAUAAAUAUGUAUUUUAAUUUGAUUACAAUAUACCAAUGAAAUCAGACGUUUAAUAAAUUGAUUCGUUUGCUGCAUCCAUAGUUAUUGGACUUCACAUCGUUUUAACGUUAUUUGAACCUACGUUUUAUUUCAUACAUUUUUCAGAUGCUGCGUUUGAACGCGCGUCUUAUUUUCAGUUACUGUUAUGAUAAUUUUUAUUACAUUUUCGCUACUGUGUGUUCCUGAUUAUGGUGUAACCUUGUUUGUAUGUAGGUGAACACGUAAUUAUAAUAACAUUAAGUACCUACUGUUUAGGCCUGUGCCACGACACUGUAUAACCUUAGAUCUUGGUAGAGUAAUCGUCUCAAGCCCAUGUUUAUUUUCUUGUUGUUUUGUUAUUUUACAACUGGCUAGUAACACACCCGUGGUACCAGCUAGUUUAUUUCUUACUGAUUACUUUACUUGUUGAAAUAUUUUCAGUAAUUAAGUAUUUAUAUAAUAUUUUAUUACUUAUUAACUGUCGAUUUUGUAAAUGAAUUGUUUUUAUACUUAUUUUCGUUGUUAAUUUUUCUUUGCUUUAAACGGUAUUUUGUUAAAAUUUCGCUUCUAUUUUCAUAGAAAAUAACUUGGCUUGAAGAGCGAGUAUUCUAAGUAAACCUAUGUGGCACAGCAAUAUCGAUACAUUCAGUGUUUAUCUUAAGUACAAUUUGUGCAAAUUGGUGUAAUCUUUUAAUCAAAGCUGUUUACAAAAUAUUCGUGUAGUCAAUAAUCUGAUUGAACACAAUUCUUUAGUGGCCGUUAAUCUGAAUAAAUUAAAUGUAGUAUAUCUGUCUCAAUUAAAUUCAUUAAUUUAAGUUUGUUAUUGUCACAGUGUACCGUUGUCUGAAUAAAUAAUAUAACAUGAAAAUAGAGCAAA